GCUGGGCCGUGGGGUCGGGUCCGUGUUUGGGUUGCUUCCCACACGCGGGUUGAGUGUGUCCGAAGUGCCGGAUCUGGCACACUGCCGCGCGGCUCUGCCCUUUUAACGGCCGGGCUCGCAGAGUGGCGCGGGGUACCCGGGAGGGCCGAGCUGAGGCUCGGGGCUGUGCGUAGAGGCACAAUGACUACCGUGGCCCAGAAGCACUUUCUGGAAGGGCAGACAUAUUCCGUCCCCCUGAUCCAACCAGACUUGCGCAGAGAAGAGGCUGUUCAGCAGGUGGCAGAUGCACUUCAGUACCUGCAAAAGGUGUCAGGUGAUAUUUUCAACAGGAUCUCUCAGCGGGUGGAAACCAGCCGGGCACAGCUUCAGGCAAUCAGUGAGAGAGUCACGCUUGCACAAGCAAAGAUUGAGAAGAUCAAGGGCAGCAAGAAGGCUAUUAAGGUAUUUUCCAGUGCCAAGUAUCCUGCCCCUGAACGGCUGCAGGAGUACUGUUCGAUUUUUGCUGGUGCAGAAGACCCAGCUAAACAGAAAUGGCCAAGACACAAGAUCCAGAGCAAGCACAGAAUGCUGGAUGAAAAAUCCUUGCAGGAGAAGCUCAAGUACUUCCCAGUGUGUGUGAACACCAAAAUUCACCAGGAAGAUGAUGCAGAAGAAGGUCUUGGCAGCCUCCCAAGGAACAUCAGCUCUCUCAGCUCCCUGCUGCUCUUCAACACCACGGAGAACCUAUACAAGAAGUAUGUUUUCCUGGAUCCAUUAGCUGGAGCAGUGACCAAGACCCAUGUGGCUCUGGAAACAGAGACAGAAGAGAAGCUCUUUGAUGCUCCUCUCUCCAUCACUGAAAGGGGACAGCUGGACCGGCAGGUAGCUGAAAAUUACUUCUACGUGCCAGAUCUGGGCCAGGUCCCUGAGAUUGAUGUGCCAUCCUACCUGCCAGACCUGCCUGGUAUUGCUGCAGAUCUCAUGUACAGCGCUGACCUGGGCCCUGGCAUCGCACCAUCCGCUCCAAGCAGUGCUAUUCCAGAGCUACCCACUUUCAGCACUGAGUCAGUGGAGCCUUCACAAGCAGACCUUCAGGAUCCUGGGCUCUUGCCACCUCCCCCACCACCUCCUCCCCCACCUCCUCCUGUUACACCAACUAUUGUGCCUCCCCCACCACCCCUGCCACAACCUACAGCCCCCUCUGAACCAGCCCGGACAGCAAGUGAGGACAGCAGCAAGCCUGCAGCUUCAGUCCAGGGAGCCCCAAAGGAGGUGGUGAACCCCUCAACUGGGCGUGCCAGUCUCCUGGAAUCCAUUCGCCAGGCUGGGGGCAUUGGGAAGGCCAACCUCCGCAGCGUCAAAGAGAGGAAGCUGGAGAAGAAGAAGCAAAAGGAACAAGAACAAGUGAGAGCUACAGGACAAGGUGGAGAUCUGAUGUCAGACCUCUUCAACAAGCUGGUGCUGAGGCGCAAAGGUAUUUCAGGGAAAGGGCCGGGAGCCUCAGGAAACCCCGAUGCUCCUGGCAGUCCUGCUGGUGCCUUUGCUCGUAUAUCAGACUCGAUACCACCCCUCCCACCCCCACAGCAGCCCCCGGGUGAAGAGGAUGAGGAUGACUGGGAGUCAUAGAUGGUAGCAGUUGUGCAUCAGCAUGAAUCCCAGGACUCGAACUACGCACCUUUGAGUCACCAGUCUGGAAGGAUCUACAGAAGGUGGGCUCUGGCAUGGGAGGGCACCCUGUCAUUUCUUCUGGAAGAGGAGCAGCAGGAACUAACCACAACCAAAUUGUUACCAAUGAGGGAUUUUCUUCUGCUGUCUGCUGGUCUCCACCCCAAAUACUACAAUCCAGCUCAAAUCCUGCUGCAGCUCACAAUGAAUCAAUAAAUCCUGCCUUAGCUGGAGGGCAGGAGGGCAGCUUGCACUCAGAGGAUCAGAACAAGUAUUGUUCCUGAUUUAAAGGGCCCUUAGUCUUGCCUAAUGUGACUGGUGAUGACUGCAGGAGCAUUUCUGGCAGGCAAACAGUCCUUGCCUCAUUUGUCUCUGCUGUGUGCUUGCUGAAGCUCAUGUUUGUUUAGAUGUUGCAAGUUCUGAGUCCUUGAAGAUGAGGCUGGAUAGUGGUGAGUGAAUGAAAGUGGAAGGGAGAGUCUGUCUGACCCUUCACGGAAAAGUCUAAUUACUGGUGCCUCUGUACUUGAUGGUUUCUUUCUGUCCCUGCCUUAUGGCAAUUCUUUGGCUGUUGCUUUCUGAAAAAUUGCAAUAAAGCUCAAGGAAGGA